AUGAAAUCGAGGAAAACUAGUACUCAGCUGGAAUCAUCACAUCCCGUAAGUAUCAGAGGGUGUCUCGGGUUACGUCACAAGCGUAUCAACGAAAAAAACGACGGCCGGGGGCUCACUGCGCACGACGGCGACAGAGAACUCGUCAGAGAUGCGGCAGGCGACGAGCCACACACGAUGCGCCGUGUCACUCCACCGGUGACGGCAAUAAAUUUUGGCGCGAUCGCCUGCGAACGGGGGAGGGGGACGAACCAAACCGCACGGAGUUGCUGCAUCACCGAAGGGAAACGACCGAUUGCCCUCGGUUUUCAUGGUGGAGCGCCACGCUCGACCCUUCAGGGUCUGGUCUGCAUGGAUGAAGGCGGACCAAUUCGCCACCCGAAAAGCCCCCCCCCUCCUCCCUCCCGCUCCCUGUUAGAAGACGACGCGCUUAAUGAAGUGAAAUGCACGAAUGCGGCCGGCACUAAUUUCGCCGGCAAUUGUCACGAAGUGGGCCGCGUGACUGUCGUCGCACCCCCGGACGGUGAAGAAAAGGGCCGCGGCGAAACAAUUUCAGAAAUGGGCUCAACGCGCCUCCCGUCGACCCUCUUUGUCCUCGUCCGACGACGACCGACCGGCGACGAAUGA